AUGGCUCUCAAUGAUACCAAAGUCUUGGAGCUCUUCAGUGGCAUUGGAGGCAUGCGCUGUGCUCUGGCCUCAGCAGGCUUGAUCAUGUCCUCGAAAAUAACAGCAGUCGAUGUCAACACGGAGUCCAAUAAGGUGUACGCAAGGAGCUAUGGAGAUUCACCGAUUGCUAAGAAUAUUGCAUCGGCUGGUAGUGUCAAGUGGUUCGACUCGAUGGCUGCCGACAUGUGGACGUUGAGUCCUCCUUGCCAGCCUUAUACACGACAGGGGAAGCAACAAGAUUCGGAGGACUGUCGGGCGACCGCACUCGGAAGAAUCACACAGGUCGCUGGUGAACGCUGUACUAAGACAACGAAUUUGAUCAUGUUAGGUUCUUUGUGA